AUGAGUUCGCUCCAAUUGUUUGUAUUGGUCGUGUUGGGGCUAUGCUGCGCUGCAGCCUCAUCCUUAACCAACGUCGACCCAACCAAUAUCUAUUUGGAUACUAAUGUGAUGGUAGCUGCUGACCACAAGCAAGGCAAACGAUCUCUGCGUCAGUACACUGCCUAUGACCUGGAUGAAGGUGAUUCCGAAGAUGAAGAGAGAGGAGUUAAUAUCUCUGAACAGCUGGACGGUGUACUAUCGAAGGUCGACGAUGCAGUGGGAAAAGCAGGUAAAGCUCCAAGCAAACUGGAUGCUUUGAUCAUGAAGAAUGUCGACGAAUUUGCAAAAUUUGCAGACGAGCAUGCGAGACUAUCGAAAGAACUGUUUGGUAAAUACCCACGUGCUAACGAGUUAAGCCUCUCGACACUGAGACAGCUGGAGAAGAUCGAAAAGGUGAGGGAGAUGGAUAUCAAAAAUGGCCUUAAGGGUAACAAGGUUGAGCCUGAUGGCAUGCGAAGAAAAAUUGUGCCCUUUCCCGGCAUGAAAAUAGCACCUGAACAGGACCUGUUAUCCAAAGUUGGCCGUGAUACGGAACAUUACAAAACGGUUGGUGGUCGAGCGUUGGCAGCCGGCAUUGUUACGCGGACUAACGGGAAAGGAGAACAUGAAAUCCUGUUGAUUUCGAGUUCGAAUCCGGAAAAAUAUGAAUUUUUGAUCCCUAAGGGAGGUGUGGAGAAAGGCGAGGAGGUUAGAAAGGCUGCGGUGCGAGAGGUCGUCGAAGAAAGCGGAGUGAAGGCUGACAUUGUACGUGAAUUGGAUAAGAUCAAAAUCUCCGAAGAGAAGUCGAUCCAGCCUUACUUGAUGAAAAGCGACGUUGUCUACGACGAUUGGUCCGAGAGCUUGCGUCACCGCUUGUGGGUUCCGUACAAAGACGCGAUCAAUCUGCUGGACAAUCGCCCCCAAAUGCUCGAGAUGGUGAAGGGAGCGAAAAAACACAUCGGUUAA